GACAGUAGAAGAAGAGGCUGCCAUAUUGCAGUGAUACAGCGAGUUUACCGGACUGAAUCUUGAACACAUCAAAAUGCUUUCUUCUCAAUCAUACCAAGACCCUGGGAAGAUGAAAGAUUAUCAUUAUUCCGGCCCCGUAGAGCACCGGUUUUCACCAUACUCUUUCAACGGAGGAACCGUACUAGCUGUUGCUGGUGAAGACUUCGCCAUCGUAGCCUCAGACACCAGGUUGAGUGAAGGAUACUCAAUCCACAGCCGCGACUCGCCAAAAUGCUACAAGCUGACAGACACCACCGUUAUUGGCUGCAGUGGUUUCCAUGGUGACUGCCUGACCCUGACAAAAAUCAUUGAUGCCAGACUAAAGAUGUACAAACACUCAAACAACAAGACAAUGACCAGCAACGCCAUCGCAGCCAUGUUGUCCACCAUUCUGUACGGCAGGAGGUUCUUCCCCUACUACGUCUACAACAUCAUCGGAGGACUGGAUGAGCAUGGCAAGGGAGCAGUGUACAGUUUUGAUCCAGUGGGCUCCUACCAGAGAGACACCUACAAGGCCGGAGGAUCAGCGAGUGCCAUGCUUCAGCCACUUUUGGACAACCAGAUUGGUUUCAAGAACAUGGAGGGUGUGCAGCACAUCCCUCUGUCUCAGGAAAGGGCAGUUCAGCUGGUCAAAGAUGUCUUCAUCUCGGCCGCAGAGAGAGAUGUCUACACUGGAGAUGCCCUUCGACUCUGCAUCAUCACUAAGGAGGGCAUCAACGAGCAGACUGUACCCCUGAGGAAGGACUGAGGAGGGACGUGUUCUCCUUUCUCCACAUUUCCCUGUUGUUUUGGCUCUUUUCAAAUUUCUUAAUAAAAGGAGUGUUGUUCCAGAAUCUGCUUCUUUUGGUGUCUUAGGUCAGGCUUAAUCUGGGAAAGCAGAUUUCCAUUUUUUAUAUCCAUUAACAAUCUAUAUCAGUUGAAAAUGACACUUUUCUCCUGCUUUUCAGUUUUCCCCUUCAAUUUCUGCUAUGAAACAUCAUUUGUAUUGUUUUGGUUAAACAUUCUUAUUCUAGAUCAACACUCCUGUUUAUGAGAAGCAAGACACUCUCUUCACUCGAUCGCCCCUAGACACUUCCUAAUGUUUCAGUUUUUCAUUAUGUUUUGGAAGGAUACAUAUUCUGCUGUUCUUUUUACAUUCUUAAUAAAUGUAAAGAAUUGAAAAA